GUCUUGUCUUUUAUCUUUGUUAAAAUGGCAUCGUUUGUUGGGACACAACAGAAAUGCAGGGCAUGCGACAAGACUGUCUAUUUGGUUGAUAAGCUGACGGCUGAUAAUCGGGUUUUUCACAAGGCUUGCUUUCGUUGCCACCAUUGCAAUGGCACUCUCAAGCUUAGCAAUACAACUCCUUUGAAGGAGUGCUGUAUUGUCGAUCAACUGUUCAAGAGAACCGGCAGUCUUGACAAGUUUGAAGGAACACCAAAGAUCAAACCUGAGAAACGUGUUGAAAAUGAGAGUAUACUGAAACUGUCGAACGUGUUCGCUGGCACCAGAGAAAAAUGCAAGGCCUGUGAUAACACUGUCUAUCCAAUUGAAAGGGUUACGGUUAAUGGGACACCAUACCACAGGGGCUGCUUCAAGUGUUGCCAUGGAGGAUGCACCAUUAGUCCAUCAAAUUAGGUAGCACAUGAAGGGAAGCUUUACUGCAAACACCACCAUAUCCAACUCUUCAAAGAGAAAGGAAACUACAACCGACUCGAGACAAUCGCCCGAAAAAUUCCAUCAAUACUUCAUCGACAGGAAUUGUCACCGAAUUGUAGGCCGCUUAUGCAUUGCCGAUAGCAAGUCCGACCAUCUAUGUCACUUGGUUACAUGUCGGCUUACCAAUGGACAGAUUUGAAAUUUCUAAACUUAUCUUCCAUUGACGAGGUUUUAGCAAAUUUUUGGAA